AUGUGCUCUACCCCCGUCACUCUCGACAAUGUCGCCCAACUCCUCGAAGAUGAUACCCGCGUCAAACUGGCUGGCGUCGACGUUGACGGCAUGCUGCGCGGUAAACUAAUCUGCAAGAAGAAAUUCCUCUCCACUGUCGCUGAUGGGUUUGGUUUUUGCUCCGUGGUGUUUGGCUGGGAUAUGCACGACCGAACUUAUUACAAGGAGUUGGCCAUCAGCAACAAGGACAACGGAUACCGCGAUCUCGUUGCCGUCCCGGAUUUGAGCAGCUUUCGCCGGAUUCCCUGGGAGAAUAACGUGCCCUUCUUCCUCGUCAGUUUCCUCGACCCCGACACGCGACAGCCAGUGUGCGCAUGCCCACGUGGUUUGCUGCGAACGGCGCUGCGCAAGGCGGAAGCGGCGGGAUACAGGGCCAUGGCUGGUGCCGAAUAUGAGUUCUACCAGUUCCGCGUCCCUCAAGAAUACUCCUCCCCCGAGCGCAGCGCUUCCUCCACGGUUGCCUUCCUCAAAGACAACCCCGUCGAGUCGCUGCCGUCUCUGACGGAAGGGAUGUUUGCAUACAGCCUGACCCGCCCGAUCCAUAACCAGGACUACUACUAUGGUGUGUUCGAUGCCUGCGAACAGUUCAAUUGCGAAAUCGAGGGAUGGCACACGGAGAGCGGACCCGGGGUUUUCGAGGCUGCAUUACAAUUCGGGGAGGCCAAGGAGAUGGCCGAUAAAGCGGGACUUUUCAAAUUCGUUGUCAAAUCGAUUGGCACCAAGCACGGAAUUACUCCCACCUUCAUGGCCAAGCCGCGCGAAGGUCUGCCCGGCAACAGCGGCCACAUGCAUAUCUCACUGGUAACCAGCGACGGUCAGAAUGCCUUCCUCCGCAGCAACCCCGACCCAUCACCGCCGUACGCGGACGUGGCACAUCUGUCCGACUUGGGUCGACAUUUCCUGGCUGGGGUGUUGACUGGUCUACCGGAUAUUAUGCCGCUGUUUGCCCCAACGGUCAACUCCUACAAGCGUCUCGUAGAGAACUUUUGGGCCCCUGUGACGGUGUCCUGGGGAUUGGAACACCGCGCCGCGUCUAUCCGAGUCAUCAGCCCGCCUACAGCCAGCCCCAAGGCUACGCGGUUGGAGGUGCGCGUGCCCGGCGCGGACGCCAAUCCGCAUUUCGUUCUGGCAGCGGUGGUUGCGUUGGGAUGGCGCGGGGUAGAAAAGAAGCUGGCGAUUCCGGUUCCCCCACUAAGCAAGGGCGAGGAGAUGGGGGCGACCGCCGCCUUUAUGCGUCCGGAUAGUGUUGCGCGGGAGGUGUUUGGGGAUGCAUUCGUGGAUCAUUUUGGGGGCACCCGCGAGCACGAAGCGCGUCUCUGGGAGGAUGCGGUUACUGACUGGGAGGUGCGACGAUACAUCGAAACGGUCUAG